AUGUCUGUUGAUGAAUAUUUGGCUAAGUUUAAUGAACUGGCCAAGUUUGCCAAUUUUUGUAUUUCUAUGCCUACACCUGCAUUUUUGGCUUCUAAGUUCCGUAGAGGACUUAAUGGAGAGAUAGCAGAUCGUAUUGCUGGUGCUGCCUCUAGAGACUUUGGUACCUUGAUCCAACAAUGUCGUGAUAUUGAGGAUGUUUGCAUAAAGAAUAAGAAGAGGAAGACAGGAGAGCCUGAGAUGAAGGAAGUUGGUAGCUCCACUUCCUGGAGAGACAUGAAGUUUGGAGGAAACGGCAAAGGGAAGCAAUUAUCUGCUAGGCAAGUGCCGAACCAGUUCAAUAGGACUACGACUCAGGGGAGUGCAGCUAGACCUUCCACUAUUCCCAGGUGUACUGGAUGUGGGAGAUCACAUGUUGGGCCGUGUGCCACCGGUCAGAUCAUUUGUUUCAAUUGUGGCAAGAAGGGUCACUAUGCCAGAGAUUGUCCUUCGUCAGCUGCUAGAGCGGCAGCAGGUCAUGCGGUUUCUUUGCAGAUGGUUCCUAUUCCACCUACAGUGGCACCUGUUGUGCCACCAUCCAUGGGCCGAGUUUACACCUUGGAUUGGCAGCAGUCAGACAAAGCUCCAAACCUUGUGAGUGGUACUAUUUCCAUUGGUGGUUGUGACGUAGAUGUAUUGUUUGAUUUCAGAGCUACGCACUCUUUCAUCGCGAUCCCAAUUGUUGUGGGACUUGAGUUGCCCAUUUAUGUGCUUUCUCCAUCUUUGUGGGUUACUACCGCCACUGGAGAAAAAAUGUGA